GAAACAAUAUGCAACAUGGCGGCGAAAAACCUGACAAAACCGGCAUAUUUUUAGUAAAAACUCGCGUUUAUUUUGAUUAAAAAUAUCAUAAAUGUCAUGGAGAUUGUUUAUAAUACCAAUUUAAACACAGGAUGUCCUUUCCGGCCUUUGUAAAGUUCAAAUUAUAGAAAAAUUGUUAUGUAAAUACUGUCGAGGAGUGGGGUGGACAAGUUUCGUAUAUAUGCGAAUAUGUCGUGUGUAUUCCGUACACGAGGUUUUCAUGGUUACAGCGUGCAGUUUUCACCUUACGAAGCAACCAGACUUGCAUGCGCUUGUUCGCAGCAUUAUGGUUUAGCAGGGCGUGGUUCUUUGUUUAUUCUUGAUAUCCAUAGACAAAAGCAAAGUGGAAUGCAGCUAUUUAGGAAACUAGACUGGCAAGAAGGAUUAUUCGAUUGUUGUUGGAGUGAAGUAUCGCCAAAUAUAAUAGCAAGCUCAAGUGCUGAUGGAAGGAUUCAAUUGUGGGAUAUUGGUAUGGAACAACAGGUUCCAGUAGCAGUGUUUCAAGAACAUUUAAAAGAGGUUUAUAGUAUUGACUGGUGUGCUGUUCGUGGAAAUAAUAAGCUACUAAGUGGCUCCUGGGAUAAAACAAUUAAACUGUGGGACAUGAAUGGUGUACAGAAUUCAUCAAUUUUGACCUACACAGGUCACGAAAAUACCAUAUACUGUGUAAAAUGGUCACCACAUAUUCCAGACACAUAUGCUUCAACAUCAGGUGAUGGAACAAUCAGGAUAUGGAAUACUAACAGUCCCCACCCUGCACAAGUUAUACCUGGUGGAGGGGGUGAAAUACUCACUUGUGAUUGGACAAAGUAUGAUCAGAAUAUUUUGGCUUCUGGAUCAACAAAUAACCAGAUAAGAAUAUGGGACAUUCGUAACACAAUGCAAUCCAUCCAAAUUUUGGAUUGUCAUCUUUAUGCUGUGAGAAGAGUAAAGUGUUCUCCACAUAAUCAAAGCAAGUUGGUCUCAGUUUCAUAUGACCUGACAACCAGAACAUGGGAUUACUUGAAAAGCAACCAUCCACAGGAAACAAUUCAACACCACACAGAGUUUGUAGUUGGGAUUGAUUUCAACCUUCACAAAGCAUCAGAGAUUGCAGACUGCUCAUGGGAUGAACAAAUUAAUGUUUAUUCUCCAGUUUCCCUGUGACACGAUGCAUAACAAAAAUGUGCAUUCUAUAAAUAAAUAGAUAUCAAUGAUUUAUUUAAAAAAUCCUAAUGUAGUGUAUAUUUAAUUGCUUUUUUAAAAAUAUAAUUGGAAUGAAAUACAAUGUGUGCAAGUACA